GCUGCCCUGCCGCACCGUGGUCCCCAAGCCUGGCAAGGGGCCUUCCGGGAAGACGGCCGAAUGGGAGCUCGAGGCCGCGGAGUGCCAGUUCUUGCGUGAGAAGGGGCCGCGCACCAACAAUGCGAACCAGUUCAUGGAGUUCGCGGAUCGGGAGAGCGCUCGGCCAGAAUCUCCCAUCUUUGGGCGGUGGGGGAGCCGCGUCGAGAGGGCGCGGAACACUUGCGCGAAGGGCAGGGCAAACUCUAAGGGCUUCACGAUCUGGGCCCUGACGCUGCGCGACUUCGACCCCUGGUUCCCCAGCGGCGUGAUCAAGCCCAUCCUGUCUCCCACUCUCAGGGUUUCGGCGCGGCGUGGAUUGGCGCAAGGAGUCGAGGCGGGCGGGCUUGUCCCGGCAAUCGUGGCCCACGUCAGGCCAGCCGUCUACGACGAUGGUAAGUUGUCUGAGCAAGCGGCGUCCACCCUGAAAGCGUUCCUGAACCCGAGCGAGGAAGGCGCUGCAAUCGGGGCUCGGCGGGGGUCGUCCGAGUUCGACACUGGGCCCUCCUGUCAAGUCUGCAACAAGGCGUGCGACAAGAGGUUCGACGCCGAGCUCGCCUCCCAAUGGAAAGAAGGCGCGCCGAAGGAGGACAGGGGCUCGCUGGCCGUCGUGGCGCGGGUGGAUUUUGCGCUGGCCAUCCCGAACAAGCCAGACCUCUUCAACAAGAAGUGCAAGGCAACUUUCGGCAAACACAACGAAAAAGACUCGACCAAGCCCGUCUACCCAGAUUAUUUCGAGGAGGACGUCAAUUGGGAAAAAGCCAGAUGGUCGAUGAACUACUUGGCGCGCCUCUGGGAAAACGAAGACGCGCCGCUCGUGCCGACUGCCGCGGGCGCGGGCCUCUUCAUCGCUGCUCCCGCGCCGUCCUCGCCGGGAAAGGGCUGCGACGAGUGGGGCCCUCGCUUGAUGGGCGCCGUUGCAUCUUCCUCGGGCGGCCUCCCGCGCGCGGCUGCCGCCGCCGGCAGGUGGCGCGCGAGCCUGCUCGACGGCGCGGGCAAAGACGAGCAGAAGGCGGUCUACGCGGCAAUUCAGCAAAACUUCGGCGCCCGUAGCGCCGCGGGGCGCGGCGGCGAUCUCGACCGGGUGGGCGUCGACGAGCAGAAGGCCAUCUACGAAGCGAUGCAGCGGGAUUUCCUCCAGAAGAACAAGAAUGACACUGGCGCGCAGAUUGGCGACGACUUCGACGCGGAGGCCGCGCUCGCGCUCUGCCUCGGCCGCGAGGGCGCCCCGGGCCGCGAGCGAGCGGAGGAGGCCCGCGCGCGGGCGGAAGAGGGCGCCGCGUGCCUGGGCGGCGCCGCGUCG